AUGUAUCCUUUUGAUGACCCGCCGUCGUCGACGGGCACACACGGCACCGUGACGCAGUCAUCAGGCCUCAACUUUACUUUCUCAAUUGCACCUGACAUGGAUUCGACACGCCAGCGCCAAUAUCGCGCAGGCCAACAUCGUGUUGCCAGGUCUACCGGUCGCUUCAGCUCCAAGCCUGCCGGAGCUGCUGCUGUCCAGAAUCUACCCAACACCUCUGCUCUUUUCCGCUCCCGAGAGUUUGCCGACUGGAGCAGAGAGGAAUUCCUUGCCACCGACAAGGAGAAUGUCGACCCCAACAAUCGUCAAAAGGCGCCUAUCUCAUCCCGCCCAACCCCUCGAUACCUUAGGACACGCUACCAAGCGACUGCUCAGGACGACACUGGCAGCUCUUCUUCUUCCCUCUUACCCUCUGUUCCCUCCGCGCAGUCUGCGGUUCAUCGGGAUCUUUCUUCCAUCUCUUCAAUCAAUUCUUCACAGCCGAGUCCCGCGAAGAGUACGCGUCAGCCCCAGGACAAGGCCCAGGCGCCGUCCAGGAUACCUGCUCUGUCCAAACCGCAGGAGCCGUCGUUUGCCAUCCCGAAUGGCACCUUUGUCGGCAACAUGCUCUCCGGUGAUCCGGACCACGGCGUUACUACCUCCGGGGUACCUGUUGUCAUUAGACACGGACGGGCUCGCCACGACCCUAAGGGCGAAGGCAAAUCCCACGCUACCCUCGAAGGUAUCGAGGUCAACCAGACCGAGAACGAUAUCUGGAUUCACAUUGACAAAGUCCGCCAAGUCGCGACCGAGCUUAAUGAGCAAAAUCGGGUCGCAGAGGACUUGGCAAAGCUGCGUGACGAGAAUGAUCGUCUGCGCAAAGCCCAGGCUCAAGCCCUCGACGAGCUUCGCGAGGAGCUCCGCGAGCAAAGCCGAGCCGCAGAGGCCAAACUGCGUGACGAAUAUGAUCGUCUACGCAAAUCCGAGUCUGAGGCUCUUGACGAACUCUACCGCGAUCGCAUCCUGGCCGACGAGUCUCUGCACGAGAAGGAUCGGGCCGAAAAGGAGCUCGCCAGCCUGCGUGAUAAGAACGCCGCUCUGCGCGAAAACGUCGACGACCUGCAGGGAAAUGUCGACAGUCUGCAGGUAAAAACCAACACUCUGCUCGAGGAAGCAGACGUUAGAGACGAGGAGAUAAUGCGUCUCAGAAAGCAAUUGAAGAAGGCCGAGAAGAGAAUCUCGGCCGUGGAACAAGCAAAGACCCAGGCUCAGUGGCAACACAAGAAGUUGUCCGUGGAAGAUGGCCACAAAGCGCGAUACAUCACCAGCCUCGAGAACAAGGUCAAGAACCUUAAGGAAGCCUUUGAUAACGAUCGAAGCAUUCACGAUCUAUACCGGCAAGUGUUCAGUGCCCAACACGAGGCCAGUGAGCGUUCUGCGAAGGACCUUAAGCAGGUCAACGAGAACGACAGACUCAGGGAGGAAGUGAGGCUGGCAAGGGACCAGGCCAGGUUCGCCGUCCGCGACAGGGAUCGCGAUCACGAGAAGAUUGAAGCACUGCGUGCACAGUUCGAGGAGGUCCUCCAGGACCAACGGGAACGCCUCAAGGAGGGCGAGCAAAACAAGCAGCGUUGUAAGGCACAUGAAGCAUUCGCGGCCAAAUUGUCGGCCAAGAACGCGGCAGUCAUGGCUCGCGUGGAAGCUGCCUGGCCGCACUUGCCCCCCGAGUACCGGGCGAUGCUUGGCGAGCCCGAUGCAGAGAAUCCUGGCUUCUUCAAGCCGGAUGCUAAGAACACGUUGCAACGUGUACGAGAGAAUCUGGCCUCUCAAAAAGAUGGCGGUGGCAGUGACCUUGACCAGACCGACAACAGCGAUAGCAAUAGCACAACAUCUCACCCAUCCGAGCAUGAUGCGGACGACCGCAACAUGACCUCUGGCUUCUUCAUGCCAGAUAUCACCAUUCACAGCGAGGACGAGCCUGAGGCAUCCGCAUCGAACAGUCCAGACCCGAAGGGUAAAGGCAAGGCUACGGCGAAACCGGCGGAGCCGUCCUCGAAACCAAACGAGGCCGAGAAGGCCACUCCCGAUGACGCUCAAUCACUUUUUGAGGGUCUUUGUCCCCACAACAAGUUCAUGUGCCUCGACUGCCUGAGAGAGGAGCGCCGGAAGACGAAGGCCAGGGAGCAAAAGCGAUACAUGCCGGUUGAACCCCAGAUCCCGGCUUCUGAUCGCCCAAUCCUCCCGCGCGCAGAAGACUUCACCCUCCGACCAGUCUUUGCACCUUCAUAUGCUCUCGAUAUGGUCUUGAAUGAGAUGAGACUAGAGAUCAAGAAUCUGGGUGACGAGAUGAUGGACGUCGUUCAGCGCAUGAACAAGCACGACGACUCGGUCGACGCCCGUGGCCGGGAGAGGCUCGAGAGCGAGCUCAAGGAGAAGACGGGGCUUCGGCGACUCAAGUGCCGGCAGCUUUACCGACUCUUCGAUGUGGUGGAGGGCCAGAAAACGGCAGGGCAGCGUCCUCUGACGCAGGCCGAGGUCGACAUGACCGUUGCUAGCGUUCUGGACGCUAACACAACCACACCAACCCAACACCGAGUUGACACGCUUCCUCGACAAGACCCUGAGCCAACUACAUAUCAAGCCAAGCCGAAGGCGCACAUUACCGCUCCCGAACGCGUCUCCCUCCACCCCCCAAAGCCCGCCGGCACUUCCACAGACUCGCGCACCAAGAUGGCCGACGUGGAGAUGGAGAUUGACGAUGCGCCCGCGGGCCAGAGCCAGGCCAAGGUCGCCGACAUGCAGACCCACGGGCGCGCGACGGCGGUCCGCUCGAUCGAGGGCUGGAUCGUCAUGGUGACCAACGUGCACGAGGAGGCCGACGAGGAGGCGAUCCACGACAUGUUUGCCGAGUUUGGCGAGAUCAAGAACCUGCACCUGAACCUCGACAGGCGGAGCGGUUACGUCAAGGGAUACGCCCUGAUCGAGUACGCGACGCUGCAGGAGGCGCGAGCCGCUAUCGACGGCGCCGACGGCCAGAAGCUGCUGGACCAGACGAUCCACGUCGACUUUGCCUUUGUGCGCCCGCCGCCCGGCAAGGGCAACAACAGGAGCGGCGGCGGCGGUCGGGGCGGCGGCGGCCGCAGGAGGAGCAGGAGCCGGAGCCGGAGCCCCGGUGUUGAUGCCGGUGCGGCCGAGGGCAGCAAUGGCAAGGACGGCGGCGAGGAGAUUGCGUGA